AGAUGGCGGGCAGAGAAGCCGGUGUCACUCUCGGGCAGCCGCAUCUUUCUCGUCAAGAUCUUGCCACCUUGGAUGUUAUCAAGUUGACUCAGCUUUCACAUGAAAUUAUCAGCAGACAAGUCACAAUUAAUAUAGGCACAAUUGGUCAUGUUGCUCAUGGAAAAUCUACAGUUGUAAAAGCCAUUUCUGGUGUUCACACUGUCCGAUUCAAAAAUGAACUAGAAAGGAAUAUUACCAUAAAACUUGGAUAUGCUAAUGCCAAAAUUUAUAAGCUUGAUGACUCAAGUUGUCCUCGACCAGAAUGUUACAGAUCUUGUGGAAGUAGUACACCUGAUGAGUUUCCUUCAGAUAUUCCAGGGACCAAAGGAAACUUCAGACUAGUCAGACAUGUUUCCUUUGUUGAUUGUCCUGGUCAUGAUAUUUUGAUGGCAACUAUGCUGAAUGGGGCAGCAGUGAUGGAUGCAGCUCUUCUGUUGAUAGCUGGUAACAAAUCUUGUCCUCAACCUCAGACUUCUGAACACCUGGCUGCCAUUGAAAUUAUGAAGCUAAAACAUAUUUUGAUUCUGCCAAAUAAAAUUGAUUUGGUGAAAGAAAGUCAGGCUAAAGAACAGUAUGAACAAAUACUUGCAUUUGUACAGGGUACAGUAGCCAAAGGAGCUCCUAUUAUUACAAUUUCUGCUCAGUUAAAAUACAAUAUUGAAGUUGUAUGUGAGUAUAUAGUAAAGAAAAUUCCAGUACCUCUAAGAGACUUUACUUCAGAACCCUGACUUAUUGUUAUUCGGUCUUUUGUUGUUAAAAAACCUGGCUGUGAAGUUGAUGAUCUUAAAGGGGGUUUAGCUGGUGGAAGUAUUUUAAAAGGUCUAUUAAAGGUGGGCCAAGAGAUAGAAGUGAGACCUGGUAUUGUUUCUAAAGACGGAGAAGGGAAGCUUAUGUGUAAACCAAUCUUUUCCAAGAUUGUAUCCCUUUUUGCAGAACACAAUGAUCUUCAGUAUGCUGCUCCAGGUGGUCUUAUUGGAGUUGGAAUAAAAAUUGACCCAACAUUAUAACGAACAGAUAGAAUGGUUGGACAGGUCCUUGGUGCUGUUGGAACAUUACCUGAGAUAUUCACAGAAUUAGAAAUUUCCUACUUCCUACUGAGACGGCUCCUAGGUGUAUGUACAGAAGGAGACAAGAAAGCAGCAAAAGUUCAAAAGUUCUCCAAGAAUGAAGUACUCAUGGUGAACAUAGAGUCCUUGUCUAUAGGAGGCAGAGUUAGUGCAGUCAAGGCAGAUUUGGGUAAAACUGUUCUAACCAAUCCAGUAUGUACAGAAGUAGGAGAAAAAAUUGCUCUAAGCCAACGAGUUGAGAAACACUGGCGUUUAAUUGGUUGGGGCCAGAUAAGAAGAGGCAUGACUAUCAAUCCAACAAUUGAUGAUGAAUGAGAUGAUACAUUUGAAUGAAACCAGGAAUUUUUUCAUAACAGUCUUAGAGAUAUUUUCAAAUCUA